AUGAAUGAGCAGCUUUCAAAAUUGGAAUUAACGAAUGACAGAAAAAAGGCUCAAGAUGAGGUUUCUCGGUAUUUGAUUACUAUAAAAGGAAUUAUAACUGGAAGAAGUGAAGAGUUGGCGGGAGUUGCGGGCGACUCUCAACCUGACCAGAUUGCUCAACUGGCUCAUGAAGUUUAUAACACGGACUGUCUUUUACUAUUGAUACAAAAUUUGGCUCAGAUAGAAUUUGACGCUCGCAAAAUAGUGGGGCUUCUGUUCAGUUCCUUAUUGAAAAGGAAGAUUGUCAACAGAUCUCCGACUAUUGAUUACUUAUUACAGAAACCACAGAUACUCAUUCUACUGAUGCAUGGACCCGAGAAUCCUGAAAUUUCAAUCAAUACUGGUUCCAUGUUGCGGGAAGCUGUAAGAUACGAACAGAUAGCAAAAUACAUUCUUGCUGAUUCCUCAUUCUGGAAAUAUUUCGACUACUGUGAAUAUGGGUCAUUUGAAAUUUCUACAGAAGCGUUCCUUACUUUGAGUGAUCUUCUAACAACUCACAAACUAGUUGCCAGCGACUUCUUCAACCGCAAUUUGGAGAAAUUCAUCGAGCGGAUAAAUAAACUGAUCAUGUCUCCAAAUUAUGUUACCAAAAGACAGUCUGUCAAACUACUAUCACAGCUGAUAUUAGACAAGCCUAACUAUAACCUAAUGACGACCUACGUUAAUUCUGCUCACAAUUUAAAGCUGAUCAUGAUUUUACUUGGUGAUAAGUCUAAAAACAUACAAUAUGAGUCGUUUAACGUUUUCAAAAUUUUUAUCGCAAAUCCCAGGAAGUCGAAGUCCAUUGUUGACAUACUGACUAAGAACAGGGAUCGUCUUUUAAGCUUUCUAAGAGAGUUCACGAAUGACAGAAAAGACGAUGAUUUAUUCCUAGUCGAACGCAACUUCGUUAUAGAACAAAUUGAAAGUUUGCCUAAAUUAGUUCAACUACAAGGUUUUCAUGAAAAGGAUUCAUCAGCAGAACAUCAAAGCAUGAGCGGCGAAACCAAGGCCACCGCGCCUAUCACCAAAUCCAAUUAUAACUCAUCAAAAAUUCUUUCAUACUCACAACAAUAG